UAUAUACGUACGUCAUGACUGGAACAGCAGGGUUGAGGAUCUGGUAGGACAGUCGGAGAUAAAGUUUAUGGGUCCUAGUUUGUAAGAGAGGUGCAUGGGAAGGAUCACUAAAAUAAAACCAUGCAGCAGGACUCUACAACUCACGGAAAUGGAUCAACGGCGAUUGAUGCCAGGUUCUCUGCAAGCUUUAAAUUACCACAGUCAAAUGUGACAAGGAAUGAUUUUUCCAGCCUUGCACAGUCCAUUGGAAACAAUACUCAAAAAAUUUCAUACAACACCACACAGCUUAGAAAAUAUGUUGAUCAGCUGGGCACUGAGGCUGAUACUGAGCGCAUGCGGGAGAAACUACACCGACUUCAAAAUGUUAAUAACCAGCUGGCCAAAGACACGAACGAGAUCUUUAAACAAAUCAGUGACCUCCCAGUUGGUGACCAGAAAGAACAGCAACACAGGAAAAUUCACAUAAGAAGAUUAAAAGAGGAGUUUUCAGCUGUUUUGCAAGAAUUUCAAAAAUUACAAAGGGAAGCCACAGGAAAAGAGAAAGAAAGUGUAGCAAGAGCAAGAGUAAAUUCUGACUUUGGGCCAUCAUCAAUAACAUGGAGCUAUGCACCAGAUGUGCCAGGUAUACAUAGCAGUCCCCCAAGCACUAAGGACAGUUCACUACAACAAACUCAGCAACAAGUGUAUGAAAUAGAAGAAAGUGUUGAUCUUGCAAUUAUUGAGGAGAGGGAAAAGGGAAUUCAGCAGCUAGAGAAAGACAUAAAUGACAUAAAUGAAAUAUUCAGAGACCUGGCUCAGAUGGUAAAUGAGCAAGGAGAACAGAUAGGUAAAGAUACAAAGCAAUCAGCAUUCCAGAUGGCUGCAUCAUAUGGCAGAGGGACAGGGGGCUUUGAGUCCUACCAAGGAGGGGGAGGAGGUGGAUAUGGAAAUGACUACAUGCGACUUACACAGAGCAUCAGUAACAAUAUUCAGAAAAUAUCAAAUAAUGUAAAGAACAUACGAAGGAUGGUUAAUCAAAUUGGAACACCACAAGAUUCAGAUCAGCUCCGAGAUCGUCUUCAUGAAAGUCAACAUCAGACGAAUGAUUUGGCAAAAAGCACUACACAAUAUUUCAAAGAUAUUAGUCAUCUGCCAGUGUCAUCAAAUCAGUCAGAUCAGCGUCAAAGAAAAAUGCAAAGGGAACGCUUAAUGGAGGAUUUCACGUCACUGUUAAAUGAAUUUCAAACAUUGCAAAGGGAAGCUGCAAAUAAAGAAAAAGCCAGUGUUCGGCGUGCAAGAGCUGCUUCUGGACAUGAUUCUGCAUUUUUAGAAGGUCCACGAGAGCAACAAAUUAUAGAUAUUGGUGGAGGACCUCCUAGUAGACAGCAAACACUGCAAAUGGAAGAAGAUGUGGACCUUCAGUUAAUUCAGGAAAGAGAAACUGCCAUUAAACAACUUGAGAGUGACAUAAUGGAUGUCAACCAGAUUUUCAAGGACCUUGGUAUGCUGGUUCAUGAACAAGGAGAAGUAAUUGAUAGUAUAGAGGCCAAUGUAGAAUCUGCUCAGAUCCAAGUAGAAGCAGGAACAGAACAACUGGCAAAAGCAAGAGAUUACCAGUCCAAAGCAAGAAGGAAGAAAUGUUGUCUGAUUACAAUAUUAAUAGUUGUUCUAGCUGUGAUAGCUUUAAUCAUUGGUCUUUCUGUGGGACUAAAAAACAAAUAGGAUGGCUGUUAUCUGUUACAGUAGAAGCAAGUUCGCAGACGCUAUUGUUUCAUUGCAAUUGUAGUGGUGGUUUCUAUUUUGCUCCUUACCCUGAUCAUCUGGCUAGCCACUGGGGCACAUACUUGAAUGAACAGGAGGUGACCACUGCAGCUGGCUACUUGACCAGCCAUAGUGCACAUAUGCAUAUAAUUUAGUUGGGUUUCAUCUAAAUCACUAUGAACGACAGAUUUUUUGCAAAGUAUAAUGUGAAUCAUAAGAUGACAUUAAAAGAAAAAGAUUACUAUGGUAUUGUUAAAGUGCAGAUUGGAAACCACUUAUAAUAAUGUAAAGUAUGUAUAAUUUUUUGGUAUAGUCAACAUGAUCUUUCUCACAUAGAAUUAAUUUGACACCUUCAGGGACAUAGUUUUCUAAAAGAGUGGGACCUCAUUGAAAGAGGAUAAUGAAUUUUUAUAUAGAUAGUCAGUCUGUGCCCAAAACUUUUUAGACUACAAGUCCUUUGAGCUAGCAGACUCUCAAACUUUACUAGCCCGAACCAAAAAACACUAGCCCAAUUUAAAUAAUCAUUUAAAAAGUUUAAGCAGAUGUUGUAAAGAGUUUUGGUACCAUACUGUACUUUCUUAUAAACCUUAUUAUAGAAGUAGAGCAAGUGAAUAACAAAGUCAAUCAGGUUAAUUUCCAGUUGAUGGGGUGGUAAAAUUAAUUAAAAAUAUAUUUAAUUCUUUUAAUAUUGAAAAAAUUCUUUUUUUUUAAUUUGUAAUACUG